AAUUCUUUUUGACAGUUGACAGAGCACAGAAUACAGAUUACAAAAGACUGUUACUUCACAUAAUAAAAAUACACUGCAAGAAUCAUAAAAAAUCAAUUUUAGUGUUCCUCAUAAUAUUUAUUUUCUGAAAACAAAUAAUAUAAGAACAAGAAUGGUCGUGGGAGCAUUUCCAAUCGCAAAGUUAUCAGUGUUACUGAUCAAACAAAUAAGUAAACCCAUUGCAAAUGCAUGCAAGGAAAGAGCUAAGAAUAAUCCUUUUUUCAGAACCUAUGUCUGUAUGCCUCCUGCGCAAUUUUAUAAUUGGUGUGAAGUUAAAGCAAAAAUGUGGAUAUUAAACUUAGGAAAACCAGUCAACAUCCCUGUACUGAGUCAGGAAAUGGCCAUUGAAUUAGGUGCUAACCUUCUGGGUGAAACCGUCAUAUUUGUUAUUGGAGCUGGAUUAUUAAUAAUUGAGUAUAAUAGGCAAAGUAAAAAGGAAUCUGCCAAGGAAGCAAAACGAGAAGAAGAAAUGAAGCACAUAACAACUACCAUUACCGAUCUAUACUUCACUGUGCAAAAACAACAAACACAACUAAGGGAAAUGGAGAGAUUGAUUCAUUCCAAAGAUGGAGGUAAACCAACUGGCCCACCACCAUCAAGAGAUCCUACUGGCCAAAUGCCACCACCACCAUCAUCUCCAGCUGGGCAGGCACCCAAGAAACCAGAAAAUAUUUCUCAUACACCAUAUUACAACAGUAUGCUAGUGAACAAUACACCAUACCCAAAUAGUGGCAUUAUUUUACAAUCGCUUAAUUACAUUCAAAUGGAUGCCUUCAGUUCAUUAUUCCCCAAGGAUGAUGUAACUCGAGAGGUUAUUGUUGAGAAGGAAAAAGUUGCUAACAAUAAACGAGAACCUGCAGUUCUUUCAACAGCUCUUUAUAGCAUAGAGAAUAAUUUCAGAAGUUUGUUUUAAACUACCUACUUUGGAAACAAUAAUCAUUGUUUAUUUAGAUGAAUUGUAAUUUCUUUAUAGAAUGUUACUAAUCACUAUUUACUCCAUAAUAACUGUUCAAUCGCUUUGCUGUAAAAUAUCAAUAACUAUGUUAAUCUGUCUUUGUGACAAAAUGAGAAAUACAUUUAUUGUAGAUUUUACAUAGAGACGAUAUUAAUGUAUUAUAAUAAGUAAAUACUUCGAGAAUCCGACA